UCAGGUGCACUGCCAAAGCGGCCGUAUGUACCACAAGCAACUCUUACACGCGGUCAAAAAGUCAAGCGAUGGUUCCGGAAGUACUUUUUGGAGGGCCAACAUUUGGAAGAAGAAGCUGCGGCUGAGUUACAACAUUUGCCGGAAAAUCCCACAUGGGAGGAUUUGAUCUUCAUAAAGUACAGGAAAUUCGUCGCGAUGCUCAUUCCGUUCGUCCUCAUGCAGACUGUCUGGUGGAUGGUCGCCAUCCGACACAACUUCUUCCAAUGGUAUCCAGACUAUUGGCACAUGCCAGUGACAAUGAUUCUGGGGAUCGUUUGGAUGACAUCAGAGGGAAGUGGUGCGGUAGCUUUUCCCGUCAUGACAUUGGCACUUCAUAUUGCACCAUCGAUAGCCAGAGAUUUCUCGCUUAUGAUCCAGUCAUGCGGUAUGACAUCAGCGCUUAUGUGUGUGAUGUUCAUGAAGGUAAAGAUCGAAAAUCGUGCUAUCGAUCCACUUUUCAAUGGGCCACAAAAGAAGAUGAUGUUCGUGGCUAUCUGGACGGCGUUCGCUAUCGCACUUGGAAUUCUGAACUCCCAAAAGAGACGAAAGACCUACAAAGAAAUCCCCGACUUCUUGCACAUGGAAGGCCAUAGUGCUGUUCAUCACCGGAUUCGAGUUUUCGACGCCUUCGCCGGUUCGGGUGUGGAUAUUUGCAUUUUCUCUAUUAUAACGCUGUUAUUCCGUGUCACCGAAAAGACGGCGACGCCUACAACUGUUGUUUUGAAAGGUAUAAACGCUGUUAUUGGCUUCUUCUACCGUGCCGCUAUGAUGGGUGAUAUCUCAGCGAUGGCAUGGACCUAUUUUUCACUUUCUGUGCCGGUCUCGUCACUAACGGGACCAUUGGGCAGUUUUCUGGGGUCUCAUCUCCACAGACAGGUGAUCGCUGGCUUUGUGUACAUUUUGGAAAUCAUCGCUCUGAUCGGUUUUCUAUGCACGAAACCUGCAUGGCAAUUGAUUGCAGUGGGAGGAUGCAUAAUCUUUGGCGGUUUCGUGUUCUUUACGUUCAUCUCGAAAGCCGGUGAAAAUAUUAUGAAGACCGUCGAAGAGAAAAAGUUGAAGGAAAUACGGCAGUCCGGAGAUGUCUGA